AUGCUAAUGGAAGACGCGACGAAUCCACCAUCACCACCACCACUCUUGGGUGAGAUGGUGGUUGAUGAAAUGGUAGUGGAUAAACCAAGUAUAGAACAAAAGGUCGAGGAACUGGACCAGCACGAACAACACUACAUUCAACAACUAGAACGCCAAAAAAAUCAACUUAUUCACCAGCUUGUUGACAAAAAAAAGGUUCCUGCAUCCUAUUACACGAAUUCAAAAAAGGAACAGCUUAUCGUGCAGUAUGUAGAAAACUUCAACAGACAGUAUAGUCAGUUGUAUCCUGGAAGAAAAGAACUGCUCUUGACUCCUUGCAACGAGUUUGGCACAAAAAAGUUUGUGUGCUCAACUAUCCGACCUACUCAGCUGCCUUACAAGGAACUAUAUGACUACCGCAGUGCCGCGUCAUUUGUUGCCGAUUUCAUUUCCUACGAGCAACUCAAUCCUCCUCACGAACUGCCAAAAGUGUUGAACUCUCCCACAUAUACACUGGGUAUUCAAUCUGGAAAUUGUUUCGAUAUGUCUGUAUUACUCACGUCAUUUCUGCGUGGCGUGGGAUAUGAUGCCUAUGUGAUCUCUGGAUAUGCUUCAUGCAACAUAACCUUGAUGGAUCAAACCAAAACAUACUCGGAAAAAAUUGCACAAAGUAUUCCAAUAGUAGAUCCACCUCAAACCAACUUUUUGGAUCAAGAUGCUUGCUUGGACGAAAGUAUAUCCACAUCGUGCAAAUAUCGAGUCAAACCUCCUCGUCAACUUAAAAGUAACUUUUUAGUCAAGCAAGAAGAACGUCGACAGCAACAGCUUGCUAAAAAUAGUCUUGAUACAACACCUGCACGAAAAAGUGUUUCCACGGAGGCAAAUGAUGACGAUGAUGAGCUUAAAGGACUUCGUAUUCAUGCAUGGGUAUUGGUUCUUCCAGGAAAACGAGAAAUUGCCGAAUCUUUUUUUAUUGAACCCAGUACUGGAAGUAUCUAUUCAACCGAUAACGAGCACUAUUUGGGGUUGGAAAGCGUGUUUAGCUCUCGAAACUACUGGGUAAACAUGCAAGUAUGCUAUGAUGGUCUCAAGGGGAUCUCGUUUGAUAUUGGGGACAAUUCAAAAUGGGAAUUUGUUUUGUUAGAUAAUACCCAGCCAGGUGGUGUUUCAAGUGCAAAUAUGGAUCAGUCAAAAAACAAUGGGAAUGCUUCUGACGAAGAAGAUGAAUCUGUUAUUUUACUAUAUUCUUUGUGGUUCCUUGACAUGCAUUUACACAUUGUGGAUCUUACUCCAUCAUGGGUAGACAAGCUAACCAUUUCAAAAGAACAGUUUGCAAUGCGGUGCCCAGCUGGAACAAAACACACUACAUAUAGAGAUGCGAAAAUGGAAACAUUUGCACAAUACCAUCGUGAUGAUGGAAUGGUUUCAAGAAUAACGUACAUUGAGGAAGACUCCAAGUCGGUGAGUCAAAUUCACGAAUAUUUUGAAAAUCGUCGAGAUAAACUAUAUCAGCGAAUUCGAAUACCCAGUAUCAAAAAGAUGCACGAAUUAUUUCAUCCAGGCCGCGCACCACAUGGACUAAAAGAGCAUAUAUUGAUUGAUUCCAAAACCGAAGAAAUACACUUUUAUCCCAAUGCACGUUCUGACGGUCUUGUAAGGCGGUUAGAAAGUCCAAAAAAGAUUAUGGAGUACUUUACAGAACGCGAAGAUCGAUUGAUUUAUCGAUCUAUUACACACGAAGUCAACGACGGCGUUCGUGGGUCUGUGAUUAAAAUGACCGAAAAAUUCUCAAGAAACAAAGAUAUACCUGCACAAACCGAUAUCUUCAAAAAAACCUAUUUUGUCAAGGAAGAAAAGAUUAGAGUCAUUUAUCAUCUUGAAACCGGACGAAUUAUUGCAUCCAUGCGUGAGUUUAGAAAGCCUACACCAGAUCAAAAAGGCCAUUUUGUUGAACUGCUUAAUUUAUUUGAGGUUGAUCCGUAUGCUAAGCCGCCAAAGAAGCAGCAGUUAUUUAUACAACUAUCUGAACUUUUGCGUGCAGAACAAAUGUGUGCUCAGCUUAUCAAAAGUUCUGAGCGUGAGUUGGUAGAUAUUCUUCGACUGCGCCAGACAGAAGAACGUGAAAUCAAUUUGGCCAUUUCCGUCUACGAUACGCUUCACAACGAUACGACUCUUCCAACGGACGACAAUGGUAAAGAGACACACAAGGGCGAAGAGGAAGAAACUAAAUCGGCAGAUCUGGAUUACCUAUCGCCUUUCCUCAUCAACUAUGAACACCCCGAAUCUUUGAAGCGAGACGAUGCAGUGGCAAUCAAAGACGCAUGCUUGAAAAGUCUUAAAGAACGUUUAAUUGAAAAGGCUAAUAUUAUUCAAGGCAGAUUGGAUGAAGUUACUGCAGAAUACCAAAAGCGGCAACUGAUAUACUCGCGUAACGCCGACUCGAUGACUGUGGAAGAAACGGAUGAUUAUGUUCGAUUCUGUAAUGAUGCCUUGUUCCGUAUCCAUAUUCUUGAAAAACGUCUUGCCAAGCACAAGGAAAUUGCUCCAGAGAGGUAUAUUGAAUUAGACGGAAAGCUGAGAUUGGAUGCAAGGUUGGCAGCAGCAUUCGUAAAUACAACUGGCAUGUAAACAAACAUCAAACGAUUGGAAAAAAGAAUAUAUCAAAUAACCAGUCAGGAACAAGCCAGUUUAUUGAAAUAUUUCAAAUAAAUGCAAUCAAGUUCGGCUAGAAAGCGCAGCAACA